CUCACAGAAAGUGGGACCACUGGCUCGCCGAGGAGGGGGUUUCGCGGGAGUUCUCUCUGAGGAACAAGAGCUCCUUCUCGGAACGCUCGGCGUCCGCCACGAACAGGUAAGGGGUUACCGCCCAGACCUCCACGUUGGCCACCUCGAAUGCAGCCGCGUCACCAUUGUCUUCGCAGCACAAGAGCAGUGGGUUCCCGUAGGUCGCACACGAGCUCGUGGAUCCCCUCUGCAGGUCCCCGUCCAGCAGGAUGCCAAAGCCGUCCCCUUUGUUGUUUACCACGCCACCCCCACAGGCGAUCCUAUCCUCAGUGACUAGCUGGGAGAGCUCGUUCGCACCUGUGGAGGGAAAUACCUCAACAAGCGGUUCGCUGGCGCCUUCCUCCUCUUUCUCCCCGACGAGCCUCCGCCUCGUCAUCCUCCAGAGAAACGACUCCCCCGAGUGCCGGUACUGGUUGUUCGACGGGACCCAUGGCUGUGUUAGUUUUUUUGGCGGCAGUUGUUUGGAGUUGUUUGUCCAGAGUUGGGAAGGCAUUGCAUCCCAACAAAAAAGAAAUGCGUUGGAACAGCAUAAUUUACGAUUGGAUCACAGCAGGCAUGAGUGAGCACCAAUCAGCAAAACGAGGGACCACGGAAUGCAAAAACCAAAUGGUUUAUCGUAUUCUAUUGCAUUCCAUCGCAUGACGGAAAGAAACGUCGUCGUCUCACCUUGGUCAUGAAGCAGCCAAGCACAUCCCCCCCGAGUGUCUCGAUCGCCAGGAUGCUAAACCUGCCGAGGCCCGACUUUGCUUCGAGGGCGUGAAGGGUCGCACCAUCCCGGAGCAAUGAAUACCUCAGCCAGAAGUUGCUCUCCGAGUGGCGUUGCGGCAGGUGCUUCUGCAGGGCGUGGAGGAGGGGGGGCGUCAGAACGUGGGGGGUGCAUGACACGUCCCCCCCAUGUGUCCCGAGGACGAAGAAGCCCGCGCUGUCAAAGUCUACCCCGGGCCCGACCACGUGGUCGGACCAUCGCAUCCGUCGUCGCGGGAGUGGUUGGCCCAGAGCUUGGGCCCCCGGUUCCCCGUCGAUUCCGCCGCCACCCCCGGCUUCCGGAGCCCCACCUUUCCGUGUCUCGGCACGGUCCCGGAAGGUCGACCUUAUCCACCGAAAGAAUACCGUUUUUGCGCUUUCGUGGAAGCCAUCCCACUCGGUGCCCACCAAUCCGAUCCGCUUUAACCGUUCGGCAAUGUACUCGCGCUGCUUUCUCGUCAGCAUCCCGUCCCCGGCCCACCUCGCGAGGACGAUGGUCAUCGCGGAAGCGACCAUCCCAAAGACCAAUCCAAUCGUGAUCCAUGCGUUCCAAAAGGGUCUCAGUGAGAGGGUUUCGGGAUCGGUAUCCUUCCACAAGAGCGAAAGGACGCCACCGGCGGCAAGGGAUGCCAGAGAGCGAACAAAUAGAGCACCAAGCGUCAUUAUGUGGGCCGCCUCGUCCUUGUGGACAACCCUCAGGGUUCGGCCGGUUGCUAUUCCGAUGUACGAAAAAUAAAGAUCCAUAGCGCCCCGGGUAAACACGAUGAGGGCAACUAAAAAUACAAACGCUUGGGAGGUUACUCCCAGCAGCGAUUCCUCAGUAGAGCCCUCGACACCGUUCAGCACCAAUGAAACAGGCACCAACACAUUGGGGGCACUUCCUAAAACGGCGCUGAUGCUGAGGAUGCGGUAUAUACCAUUCUUGGAACCAUUUUCCACGUCCAUGAGUCGUCCCAGAGCCAUGUGGUGACCGAUGGCUACGAUCAACCCCGCAGCCGACAAGACGGCUCCUACCUGGCCCUGGGACAAGCCGAUCCCGCCUGCUUCCUUCGGGACGAUCAUAAAGAGCGGCAAGGCCUCGUCGCAACAGGAAAUUGCAAACGAGAAGGACCAGUAUGCAUCGAGGUGGUACCGGGCCGACCUGUUGUUGUUCCAGAGCUCGACGAAACUGGACCAGAGAUUUGGCAUCGUUGCAGUCCUGGUCGAUACCGAGCCAGCAGGUGUUAGAAGCGGGCGUUCUUCGUCGCUCGAUAUGGAAAGCAAUGAAUCCUCCCUCUGUGAUGCUGGAACGGGCGGCGGGUUCUCCACGAAAAAGGCCGUGCAGAACAUGGAUAUCCAGCACAGAAUCGCACCGCAGAGGUUCGGCAGAAGAUAGGGACGGGAACCGUACCAGCCCAGUUCCGAUUCGGACUCCAAUCCAAAUAUAAUCCGCAAAAAGCGUGGAUCCGACAAGAGCCCACCCACAACGGGACCGAGCGCCGUGCCCCACCACAUGAUCGAGAGCACAAGUGCCUGGGGAUUUCCCUCUCGGGUUUCAUCUUCGGUCAGGAUACUGUCCUCACCAAUGCUCCGGGCACUGGCCGCCCGCUUUCUCAUCGCAUUGUACUGGAGGUUGAUGGCGGCUCUCUUCACGCAGCCGCUAAUGCAAUUGGAAAGUCCCUGGACAAAUCGUGCCACGAGGGCCCCGGAAAAGGUCGUGGCACAACCCACCCACAACGAGGCCAGGCCCGUCAGCAAGAGGGAAGCAACCAAGGCACGCUUCCCUCCCAAAAGAUUCCGGACGAACUUCCACGGAAGAAAUCCCACAAAGCGGCCGAAGGUGAAGGUUGCGCCGAGCAUCCCGGCAUAGAUCCCAACAUUGGUCAACGUGACAUCACCGCCAUUGUUGUCGAUGAGUGCCACUGCCAUGUACCCCGCAUACGGAAAGAAGCUAAACAGGAGGAAGGAAUGCGUAGCGGCUGCCAGGCACAACGAGAGUGUCGCUUUUGUCAAAUGUCUGCACGGUAGACAUUUCAUGGUGUUCUACGACAAUCAUGCGACUUCUCAAGAUGCGCUUGCAUAAAAGAUUUCAUUGUCA